AUGGCUACAUCGUACCACAUAGUUUUAGAGCUUGAGGACGAAUAUCAAAUAGUAGAAGCGCACCGAUUUUGGACCGGUCAAAACCCUAAAGAUUUAGCCAAGAAACGAAGCAGAGAAACUACCAUCAGUAACAAUAAAGACUGGAGAUUUGGUACCUUGAGAAUAGAAUACUUGCAAAUGGACGAAGAAAAUUCAAUAGGUUUUUUAGAGGCCAACUUCGAAGGCUCAGGAAUAGUUCAUCUAUUUAGAACGGGGCAAGACUUGAGGGGAAACGCUAAUAAUAUGCCAAGUGACCCGAAAUUGACAACAGUGGCCGGAGGGGACACAACAGUGGCAAUUUUAUUUGUACCAAGCUAUCUUACGGCUCGUGAAACACUUUUUUCGUUCUUAGGCGAUACGGUACUAGAUCAAGCGUCUCAUAUCCGCAUUAUUCGCAGCAGCGCGGAGUUUUUGGUCCUCAUCAAAUUUCGUGACCCAGAGUGCGCGCAAGAAUUCAUAAAGGAGUUUGACGGUAAAAAAUUCAAUGCUAUAGACCCAAGUACCUGCCACGUCGCCCAAAUCCGUGAAAUCACGUUCCGGCAUGGGCUAUUCCCAUCAGCGCAAACCAAAACUUCUGCUUUUCCCAUGAUGGAUCCUUUCACGGUACUGGAUUACCAAAAGGUAGACGUAGAACUGCCGACAUGUCCUGUAUGUUUGGAACGACUAGACUCAGAGGUUACCGGCUUAGCCACUAUACCGUGUCAACACACCUUCCACUGCCAGUGCUUGAACAGCUGGAAAGAUAGUCGAUGUCCUGUGUGCCGAUAUUCAGAGCUCAAGGUAAGCAAAAAGUCGCUUGUACGUGGAUCAGCUCGUUGCAGCUCUUGUGGGUCCAACGAAAACUUGUGGAUUUGUAUCAUUUGCGGGAAUAUAGGAUGCGGGCGUUACAACUAUAAGCAUGCUGUGCAGCAUUUCACGGAUACUGGGCACUUCUUCGCAAUGGAGAUGGCCACGCAGCGAGUGUGGGACUACGCAGGGGACAACUACGUGCACAGAUUAGUUCAGAAUGAAGUUGAUGGGAAAUUAGUUGAAGUAGGUUCCUCGUCGUCCCAAAUCGCAGGCGGAAAACGCGAUAAACAAUACCAUCUAGAGUAUGUGCAAGUACUACUGUCACAACUGGAGUCACAGCGCGACUACUACGAGAAAAAAUUGCAAAUGUUGACCGCCGAGACAAAGAUGGAAAAAGCAGAACAAGAAGACGACGUUUACCGACUGCGGGACCUACAACAGCAAAUACAAGACAUGAAAUUAAGCGCAUCACAAUCACGCUUCAAGUCCGAGCAGCGGGUAGCCCAGCUGCGAAAAGAGGUUCAAGAAGAGAAGUCACUUUCAGAAGCGCUACAGGCCAAUCUGGAUCAUCUUGCCGAGAAAGAAGGCGAUCUGCAGCGUCAAUUAGAACAAAACACUGCUGAAAAACAAGAACUGCAAGAACAGGUGCGAGACCUGAUGUUUUUUUUGGAAUCUAACGAAAAAUUGAAAAAUGCUGAUGAAGAUGUUAGGCAAGGAACUCUAGUCGUGAAACCCAAAAAAUCUUCAUCGAAGAAGCGCAAGUGA